UGAAUUUUCCUUGUAUCUCCCGUUCAUAUCGACAUCUCAAAGUAAAAGAAAUGUCUGAGUGAGUUUGGCCAAGUCUUCUCAACUCCUACAAAUAUUGUUUUUGUUGUUCCUAGUGGGCUUUAUUAGUUUAUUUAGAAGCCAAUUAUUCAUAUACAGCAGGUCUUUCUAAGUUUGACUUGUUAAUUGCUACCCCUUUUCUCCCUUUUUUCUAUCAUCUCUGCCAUGGAUUCUACCAUUUCAUAGAUGUUAUACUCUUCUGCUGCAAGCAAAAGCUGGCUUUUUUUUGGUCAAGCAGUUGCCUUUAUGAGAGUGUUCCUCUUGUAGCCUGAAGGGAAGGCUUCCUUUCUCUGUUUCUGCUAUCUCUAUAUAUCUUCUAAAGACAUGAUCAUAGACCUGGUAAAGAAGAAAUUUGAAGAUUGGGGUGGGUUUCAGAGGGAAUAAACAUAGUGAGGAAGAACAUUGAAGAAAAAUUUAGUUUUCCUUUUGGAUCUCAGGCAUUCAUGGAAGGAGAAAGUCAAGAAUCUAUCAAUGUUUCUGAACCCAGGCCAUCUACAGAUGUUUUCAGGCCAAGUAGUAUGGGAGUCAAGAAAGUGCUUACUAUGAUACCUCCUCAUAUCAUAGCGGAGGCAAUUUCGACCCUCACUGGCCUUGAUCUCAGAUGGUCAGGUCCUAUAACACCAGCAGAGAGGCAAUAUGUAGAGCAAUAUGUAUUGGCAAAGUACCCACAGUAUGCAGGGCUAGAUGGAGAAAAGAUAGAUCUCUCUUGCCUUUGCAUCAAUGAGGAGCCGACCGAUCAAGCCACGCCUGAUGAUUGGCGAAAGUCUCCUAGAAAUAUUUCGAGAGAGCCUUCGACACCAUCCUUCGGAAGCAAUCUUCCAAACUUGGAGGGUACCCCAUUGGAACCAUCAAGAUUGUUAGACAUUCUCAACAAGAAGUCUUCCUUUCCUGGGAGUUUCAUCUCAAUCCCAGAAAUUCAAGCUCAAAACAAAGUUCUAAAGCACUGUGGAUUGCCUGAUGAAGAGUACCUUGUUCUCUUCACUCCAAGCUACAGGCAGGCCAUGAUGCUAGUAGGAGAAGCUUAUCCCUUUUUCAAGGGAAACUACUACAUGACGGUUAUACGAGAAGAACACGAUUGUAUUAAAGAGUUUGCUACUUUCAAGGAAUCCAAAGUGAUAGAAGCACCAGAGACUUGGUUGGAUUUGAGGAUUAAGGGAUCACAACUCAGCCAGUACUUCAGAAGGAAGUGCAAGCACAGCCCAAAAGGGUUGUUUUCUUAUCCAGCCGACGUAAAUGGGACUCGAUACUCACUGCAUUGGGUUUCAGAGGCUCAUCGGAACUCCUGGCAUGUCCUUCUUGACGCAACUGCAUUUGUUGUUGGUGGGGAACGUUUAAACCCUCUUCUACACAGGCCUGACUUUGUGUUGUGCAGUCUUGAUAAUACACACGCCAAUCCAUCCAGGAUCAUUUGUCUUUUAAUCAGGAAGAAAUCCUUCGAGCAGCGGAAUGACCAGCAGUUUGUCAUAUGACAAUGGUAGAAGAAUAUGUUUUAGCUUGAUUGUUAUAUCCAUGCCAUGUAGCAUCUCUUGAACUGUAACAGAUUAAAUUUCCUUGAUAUAUAUACACUAAAUAAAAUUGGACGGAUUCUUGUAAAA